AUUUAUUCCGUCUCCUGAGUCUGCACGAGUACGGUAUUGUGAUAACGGUCCUCGCUCCGUAACUUGAGUUACCAUACUCUUUUUUUUCUUUCAAAUAGGAGAGCUCCUUGCUGCUUGUAUUUUAUUCUGACUUGUAAUUUUUCGCGAUAUUAUAAUCCCUCUCCUUCAAUCAUUCACCCCCCCCUCGGUUCGCUCUUUCGCUCUCCGGGUGGCUUUCUCGCAAGCCCUGACUCCUCAUCACUACCACGAAUAGACCAAUCAGGGGAAGGCAGCGCCUUCCGUCCGCUCACUCGCUCAUUCGAACAUUGACCUCGACAGCCCAACUAAAAUCAAAAUGCGCAUCCCUUUACUAACCUCCCUCUCCCCAAAAUCCGUCCGCACGCGCUUCGGCAAGCGCAGCCGAACGUCUUCCACGAGCUCCACUUCUACCACCUCUUCUAGCGCAAGCGCGGCAGCGGGCAAGCCCAAGCUGCAGAGAAAACCUAGUGGUUUGAGCCUUUAUGAAUUGUAUUCCGGCAGUCGUGGGGGGAGUACGGGGAUGGUUGCAUCGUCAUCGGUUGGAUAUUGGUCUUAUGAGCAGGAGCAGGAGCGGAAGGAGGAGGAGGGGUUGAGUGUGUUGGAACCAAGGCCUAGGCAUUGUGUGGGAUUGUUUGAGGUUUUGGAGUUGUAGGACCAAGGUUUAAAGGAGGUCGAAAAGGGAGAUGUUUUUUUCCUUCUCACUUUAUUCAAAAUUUUGGGGUUGGGAGCUAUUUGCACCAGUAUGUAUACAUAUAUGGAGGCUGUGGGAUACUUGUGUGGACCGCGGAGCGGGUUGGUUAGAUCGGGUUUGGAAAGAACGAGAGGGGGAUUCCUUCCAUAUUUCUUUUGUAAUUAUUGGGUCAAUUAAAGGCCCUCCGCACAAGUCUUGAUUCUAUUGCGUACCCUCACCUCAA